GGUGACGCCACCAUUCACCCCUCAGCCUCAGUUACCCGUGAACCAUGGCGUGGUGUAGGUCCCUUACAGGGGUCCUAUGGCUCGCCGCCCUCGUAUCAUACGCCACUGCACAAGUACUUACGCCGCCUUAUUUUAAUUUAGCCGAAAACCGUCGCAUUACCGCCACGGCGACCUGCGGGGAGGGCGUCGCUGAGCCCGAGGAGUACUGCAAAUUGGUGGGAGCGAAUGCCGACAGCGGAUCAUCAACUACACUGAUUCAACUGCAGGGAGGACAAUGGUGCGACCGAUGCGAUCCACACCAACCAGACAAAGCCCACCCUGCCACCAACGCCAUCGAUGGGUCGGAGAGGUGGUGGCAGUCCCCGCCCCUAUCCCGAGGCAUGGACUACAACGAGGUCAACCUUACCAUCGAUCUGGGACAACUCUUCCAAGUGGCCUAUGUACUCAUCAAGAUGGGCAACUCCCCGAGACCUGGCGUGUGGGUGUUGGAGCGCUCGGUGGACAACGGUCUCACCUACAACCCCUGGCAGUACUUCGCUGACAGCCCUGGGGACUGUGAGAAGUACUUUGGGAGGCAGAGCCUGGACCCAAUUGUGGUUGACGAUGAUGUGAUCUGUGUGACUCACUUCUCCAAAGUGGUUCCUCUGGAGGGUGGUGAGAUUGUGGUGUCACUGCUCAAUAACCGUCCCUCAGCAAACAGCUUCUUCAACUCCUCCAAGCUGCAGGAGUUCACCCGAGCCACCAAUGUCCGACUCCGUCUCCUGCGCACCAAGACACUGUUGGGCCACCUCAUGUCUGUGGAGCGCAGGGACCCAACUGUCACCAGGAGGUAUUUUUACUCAGUGAAGGAUAUCAGCAUAGGUGGGCGGUGUGUGUGUAAUGGCCAUGCAGACGUGUGUGACAUAACAGACCCCAAUGAUCAGUACAAGCUGCAGUGCCGAUGCCAACACAACACAUGUGGUGCUCAGUGUGAAACUUGCUGUCCUGGAUUCAUCCAGAAGAAGUGGAGGCAAGCCAGCUAUCAGGACAACUUUGUGUGUGAACCUUGCAACUGUCAUGGCCACACUGAUGAAUGUAUCUACAGUGAGGAAGUGAAUACACAGAUGUUAUCCCUUGACAUCUAUGGGAACUUUGAGGGAGGAGGAGUGUGUCAGAACUGCCGCCACAACACUACAGGCAUCAACUGUGACCAGUGCCAGGCAGGGUUUUACCGGCCAUACGGCAAGGAACUUAAUGAUACAGAUGUAUGCCAACCUUGUAACUGCAACUAUUUCUACUCAACUGGAAAUUGUGCCGAAGGGACAGGGCAGUGUGAGUGCCGGCCAGCCUUUCUCCCACCAUACUGUGACCAGUGUAAUGAUGGUUACUAUGACUACCCUGACUGCAAGCCCUGUGACUGUUUCCAGCAUGGCACUGAGGGAGGUGUGUGUCAAGUUGGUGGUGGCCAGUGUCCUUGCAAGAAAAAUUAUGUUGGCUUGAACUGUGACCAGUGUGCUCCCAACUACUACAAGUUACCAGACUGCCUGGAAUGUGAGUGCAGUGCUAUAGGUUCACUUGGAACGCCCUGCAACACAGAAACUGGCGAGUGUGACUGUGAGAGCAAGUUUGGAGGCAGAAAGUGUGAUCGCUGUCAGCAUGGUUACUUUGACUUCCCAACCUGCACUUUCUGCAACUGUGACUCCCAAGGAACAGAAGAGGAGAUAUGUAACAAGUACAGUGGGGAAUGUUUGUGUAAGGAGGGAUUCAGUGGAGAACGCUGUGACAGCAAUGCUCCAGGCUUCUGGGGUUACCCACUUAUUCAGAGUUGUGGCUGCCAUGAGAGAGGCUCUUCUUCCACGGACUGUGAUGCUUCGGGUCAGUGUGCCUGUCUCCUUGGGUUCUCAGGACGGACUUGCAGUCAGUGCAGUCCGGGAUACUUCAGCUUCCCUGACUGCAUCCCGUGUAACUGUGACCAGGCUGGCAGUAUUGGGAUCUCUUGCAACAACCAGGGCGAAUGCAAGUGCAAAGACAACUACAGUGGGACGCAUUGUGAUAUGUGCCGUGAAGGAUUUUACAACUUCCCUCUGUGUGAAGAAUGCAACUGUAACCCUGCUGGUGUCCUGGAAACCUUUGGAGGGUGUGGGGAUGCACCAGCAGGAGAGUUGUGUCAGUGCAAGGAGCGGGUCACGGGAAGGAUAUGUAACAGAUGCAAGCCAUUGUUCUGGAACCUGCGACAGGAAAACUCUCUAGGUUGUGACCCAUGUGACUGCUACACCCCAGGCACACUUGGGGGUAUGGCCGCAUGUAAUAUCUUGACUGGGCAGUGUGUUUGCAAGCCAGGUGUCACUUCACGCCGUUGUAAUCAGUGCCAUGAUGGAACAUAUGAUUUGCGGGAAGAAAAUCUGUUUGGCUGCUCGGACUGUGGCUGUAAUGUGGGCGGUGCAGUAGACAACGUGUGUGACAAGCUGACUGGACAGUGCCGCUGUCGACCAAGAGUGACUGGCCAGCACUGUGAUAAGCCCCUGCAGCUUCACUAUUUUCCCACCCUAUACCAGCUGAAGUAUGAGGCUGAGGAUGGACACACUGCCCACAACACUCCUGUUAGGAAAAAGUCGCAAAUGCUCAAAUCAGUUGCAAUGGUCAAAUUGCUACAGAUGUUCCCGGCAUGCCUCGUCUCUCGGAGGGGUGAUGUCGAGUGGCCCCCAUGCUCACCUGAUUUGAGCAUUUGUGACUUUUUCCUGUGGGGAUAUCUCAAGGAGAAAGUGUUCAGAAGUCGGCCACACAAUUUGGAAGAAUUGAAGAUGCGACUUCGGGAGGAAAUCGCUGCAAUACCCCUUGAGAUGUGCCAAGAGCAGAAAACUUCAGACAUCGCCUUCAACAGUGCAUCGCUACAGAUGGCCACCAUCUUCCUGAUGCCAUCUUCAAAAAGUGAUCACACAAACGACAUUGAGGCAGAGGUGUACUUUGUGCCAACUUCCCAGCCCACACUCAUGACAGUGAAGGUUGUGCCAGGAAAUUUCCCAGUGCCCCUUGUGAUGAAUCCUGGCACCUGGUCCAUCACUAUUGAGAACAACCAGAAUCUCUUCCUGGACUAUUUUGUGUUGCUGCCACUUGCCUAUUAUGAGGGCACGGUACUCACCAGGAAUGUGAGCACUCCUUGCAGGCUUGGCCAGCGAGGCAGCGAUAUGUGCCUCCACUAUGCGUAUCCUGAUGUCUUUCAGUAUGACUACAUCUAUGGCUCAGCAGGCUAUCGCAGUGUGGGAGAGGAACGGCAGACUGUGGAGGUCUAUGAAGAUUAUAUGGUUCUUGAUGAAUUGAAUAGCCGGCCCAUGGCAUGGCUCAACCACAACCAGCCUCUGCUGCAAUAUGACCUGCGUCUGGCCCACCCUGGACGCUAUGUGAUACUGCUGAAUUACUACACCCCUGAAGGGUCUCCUACAACCAGUGUGGUGGUAGAGACCUCCACUAGCAAGGGACGUGAGAAAGGCCGUGCAGUGCUCUAUGACUGCAUGUACUCCUCCAUGUGCCGCCAGGUGGUCACCAAGCAUGCUGGGAAAGUGGGUGUUUUCCACUUUGAUAGCAGUUAUGUGAACUUGAAAAUUGAGGGUGAGACCAACACCAACAUUGCCUUAGAGUCUGUGGUGGCUGUGCCUUAUGACAAUUGGCAUGAUGACCUUGUGCGGCCCCAGCGGAGGUGCACCAUGCUAGAUGGAGAAUGUAUUGAGACACACUAUCCCUCUCCCCCUGAGUCUACCAAGGUUGAAUUUGAGUCCAACCUGGAGGGCAAGAUGGUAGAGGAGCUGCCAGUAGGUGUCAGCAAUGGUACAGUGCUAGUUUUCUUGAACCAAAGUGAUCCAAUGGUGGACAUCACUGGCAAGUUGAAAUAUGCAGGCAGAUAUGUCUUCAUUGUGCACUAUUUCCAGCCACUAUAUACUGGGGAUGAGUUGAAUGUGCUGCUCACUUACUCAAGGAAUGAAGAGUUUGAGGUGGACGUUCUCAUCCAGAAUGGACAGUUCUAUGAGGCGAUCUUGAAGGUCCCACACUGCCCCAGCACCUCUGGCUGUCGCGCUGUCAUUCAGCAGCUGGAUGGCUCAUAUGGUUUUGACAUCUUGGAAAACUUUGUUUUGUCUCUUAAGGAGCCCAGCCAGAAAUCUAUCUGGUUGGAUUAUGUUCUGGUGGUGCCAGCUCAACAGUUCACUCAAGAGAUCAUGCAUGAGUUGCCUGUGGACAGAACAGCUGAGUUCAUCAAGUAUUGUGGUCAGAACAACUUCUAUGUUGGCACUAAUUCUUCAGAAUUCUGUAAGAGAGCAGCAUUUGAGCUGACCAUGGACUACAAUAGUGGUGCCCUUCCAUGUCAGUGUGACUUCUAUGGGUCAGUCAGCUUUGAGUGUGAAAAGUUUGGUGGCCAGUGUCCCUGUCGUCCCAACAUUAUUGGCCAAAGGUGCAAUCGCUGCAAGACUGGCUACUAUGGCUUCCCUGAGUGCCGGCCUUGUGCCUGCCCCUCCACUGCCCUUUGUGAACCGGAGACUGGCGAGUGUAUCUGCCCACCCCGAGUGAAGGGUGACCGCUGUGAUCGCUGUGCACCCUACACUUAUGGCUAUGACCCCAUCAUUGGCUGUGAGGAGUGCCAGUGCUCACCUCUGGGUGUUCGAGCUGGCAACCUACAGUGUGACCUUCAGUCCGGCCAGUGUAACUGCAAGGACAAUGUGGUGGGUCGCAGAUGUGACCGGUGUGCAGCUGGCUACUGGGGCUUUGCUUUCUGCCAGCUGUGUGAAUGUGAUUUGCGAGGCAGCGAAGCAGACAUUUGCAGUCAGGAAGAUGCAAGGUGUUACUGUAAGCUCAAUGUCCAAGGACGCUCUUGUGACUCUUGUCGGGCAGGAUCCUACAACCUGGAGGAGAGCAAUCCAGAUGGUUGUACAAAGUGCUUCUGCUUUGGUAAAACUGACUAUUGCUCCUCUGCUGAUGCAUACUGGGCAGAUGAGAUGGCUGAUGAUAUAACAAGGUGGAGUGUGGUGGUGGUGGAGCAGGCACAAGAUUUCCAGGGAGUCCCUACCCUCACUUUCAGCACACUUUCUCAACCACCAGUCUACUACCAAGAACUCAUACAGCAAGAUUUAGAAGGAGUGGAGGAUUACUUCCCAGGAGCUCAGAUCUUCUUCACUGCCCUGCCCACCCUUGGCAAUCAUGUGAAAUCCUAUGGUGGUUUCCUACGCUACUCCCUUGUAUUUGUCCGGGCAAACAAAGGAACCGAGAUUAGUGGCCCCAAUGUCCUACUUAAAGGAGGAGAUGUCAUUGCACAACACUUUUCUCCUACUGAACCAACCUCGCCACAAGUUUUCACCAAUGAGAUAAGACUGACAGAACAUAACUUCAGAACCCUGUCAGGAGUUCCUCUCGAGCGAGAUCAAUUCAUGAUGUUGUUGUACAGACUUGAAGCAUUGUACAUUCGGGCCAACUACUGGAGCAGCUCCUUUGAAGCCAGGUUGUUUAAUGUGAGUCUUGAUGUGCCAGCCAAACAGGGUGAAAGACACAGCCUCAGACAAGCUCUCUCAAUUGAGCUGUGUCAGUGCCCAGUUAAUUAUGAAGGUUCUUCUUGUGAGGACUGUGCCCCUGGCUAUUAUCGUGCCCAGCGUGGACCCUAUGGAGGCUACUGUGUUCCCUGCCAAUGCAAUGGCCACUCUGACAUUUGUGACCGGGAGACGGGCCGGUGUCUGAACUGUCAGCACAACACUGUGGGUGACCAUUGUGAGAUGUGUGCUUCAGGAUACCAUGGGAAGGCCACUAAGGGCACUCCUUAUGACUGCCUCAUCUGUGCCUGUCCUCUGCCUUCAAAGACAAACAAUUUUGCUGAGAGCUGUGACUUCCUGGAUGAUGGCCAGUCUAUACGCUGUGACUGCAAGGAGGGUUAUGUUGGGGAGCGCUGCGAACAUUGUGCUGCAGGAUACUAUGGCCAGCCUGAGAUUCUUGGGCAGAGAUGCCAACCUUGUCAGUGCAACGAGAACAUCAACCCAAAUGAUCUUGAUGCAUGUGACUAUAUCACCGGCCACUGCCUCACCUGCCUCAACAACACGUAUGGCAAUGCCUGUGAGAGGUGUGCCCCGGGAUAUUUUGGAGAUGCAAUUGCCCUCAAAAACUGUGAACGCUGCUCCUGUGAUGAGUGUGGCACUCGCAACUGUGAGCACUUCUCUGGGGUGUGUCAGUGCUUUGAAAAUGUCAUUGGUGAGGACUGUGACCGCUGUGCUCAGGACCAUUGGGGCUUUGCGUCUUGCCAGGGUUGCCAACCAUGUCAAUGCGAGCUUGCAUCCAGAAGUAGCCAGUGUGAUGAGCAGACAGGCCAGUGUGAAUGUCAAGAUGGUGUUACUGGGCAGAGGUGUCACCGCUGCAACCCAGGAUUCUGGAACUACACCGAAUAUGGCUGCCAAGAAUGCUUGUGCCGGGAAGGCUUCAGUAUUGGCGUGGGCUGUGACCCACUGACGGGUCAGUGUCAGUGUCUGCCUGGAGUGAUUGGAGACAACUGUGAUGGAUGCCCAUACAGGUGGGUACUUGUGGAAGGCUAUGGAUGUCAAGAAUGUGGUGAAUGUGUCCAUGCUCUUCUGGACACUACUGAUGAACUUUCCCACCUUAUUGAACCCACUAUAAGUGAGUUCAAGAGUGCUGCAUACAGUGUCUUUCUGCACCAACGCCUUGAUGUCAUUAACUCCACUGUGAUCCAACUUGAACCUCAAGUUCGUCUGAUGGACUUUGAUGAGAUGGAGACGUCUUCUGUGGAUGGUCCUCUUGAUGACCUCAUGAAGGAAGCCCAGGCAUUGGCCUCUCAAACUAGAAUUGUAGGAGACCGUGCUGGAGCAGCAGCUAAGGAAGGCUAUGAAGUGCACAUUGAAGCUCUCAGAGAGCUGGAGCACAUGGAGGCUGCCUUUUUCCUCUGCCGGGAUAUUAUUCAAGGAAUCAACAAACUUGUCAUUGGUCUUGAGACAGGCACUGGAGCUGAACUAGAGCAAGCCAUUAGUGAAGCAGAAGCUAUUGUAGCUGACAUGGAGAUACGAGAUUUUGGUGGCCAAAAUGACGCUGUAGAACUGGAGCUGGAAUUGGCAAAAGAGAUAUUGGAGAACAUGAAGAACCUAUUAGAUCCAGUAAAGACUCAGAGUGAAGACAUUGAGAUGUAUAAACAGCACCUGAGCACUUUUGAAGAAAGGGUAAAGGAGAUAAUUGAUUAUAUCCAGAUUUCAAAGCAGAAGUUAAAGGACGCUAAGGAUAUCAUAGAAAACAACAAAAAUCUUGGUUCCCAGGUUCUGAAGAAGAAACUGGAUGAGAUCCGUCUUCUAUCAGGUGUUACUGAAGACAACAACAAGGAGGCAACAAGCCUGGUAGAUCAAGCCAGAGACAAUCAUGCCAACUCUACCAAUAAUUUUGACUAUCUUGUGAAUGAUGUGGAGCGUCUACGCAGCAGUAAGACUACCCUUAAUGACUCUGUGGUGAAGACAAUGGAGGAGCUGCAGGAGGCCAAGUUACCUGCCCGGCAAGCACAGGGCCAUGCAUAUGAGCUGGAGCAAAGGGCACAGAACUUAGACAGUCUGUUACAAGAUACUCGAGACGUGGCAGAAUAUGCUCUUGGAGCAGCCAAUGCCUACAAGAACAUUGUCUCAGCCAUUGAUGAAGCAUACAACACCUCUCUGUCUGCAAACACGUCAGCAUUCAUGGCUGUCAACAUGUCAUUGGGUGUGACAGACGAGGCAGUGCAGUCUCAGGAGAUAUCCGAGGCAAAGUAUGGCCUUGCAGUGACUCGUGUGCAGCAGGUGAAGAGAGAGCUGCAGCCCCAGCUUGAACAUGCUGAGGCAGAUGUGCAAACACUGCAUGAUAUGAAUCAGUACACCAAUGGCACAUUGGAGUAUAUCACUCUCCGCCUGCUUGACCUUAAUAUGGAGACUGUCUCAAAUGAUGCAGCAGCCUUGAAAGAAAGAGCAGUGCAGUCAAGAGAGGGUGCUGAUGAAGCCAUUCAGAGCAUUACUGAUGUGGAGAACCGGCUUCCCAAAGCUGAAGAAGAUGCCCGUAUCCUACUGAAGAAUAUGGCUGAAGGCAAGAGAGCCAUCACUCUUGCAUAUGAAUCAGUGGAGCGUGCAGAGCAACAGCUACCAGAAGCAGUUGAGUUAGCACAGCGCCUCCGUCCUCAAAGCGCCAGCAUCCGGAUGAGAUGCAUGGAUAUGCGUGAGCGCCUGGAAAAGUUGCGUCUUACCAUACAGAAGACCCGAGAGCUGACCAAUAAGAUUAAAGUGGGUGUGUCCUUCCUUCCCAACACAACAAUUGAAGUGGAGAACCCAAGGGAACUCACCAAGGCUUCAACCACCACAAAGGUGUCAACCUUCAUCAAGACUGCCCAGCCAUCUGGUCUCAUCCUCUUCAUGGGUACACCAAUAGGAGGUCAUCAGCGUAUGCGGCGUGCCAACACUGAUGACUUCCUCGCUCUUGAGUUGGAUUCAGGUUACGUGCGUCUCACGAUGAACUUAGGGGCAGGUGCACACACAAUGGAAUACAACAAGCUCUUUGUGGCUGAUAAUGUAUGGACCAAAGUGACUGUUGAAAGAAUAGGAAAAGUCAUCAAGCUAGAUGUGUCCCGAGAAGAUGUGGACAGCGAACCAAUUGAAGGAGUUCUGCCAGGACGAUACUCUGUUUUUAAUCUGGAUCCCAAAGUGAGUAAGAUCUUUGUUGGCGGCAUCCCUGCUGGAGUGGAAGUGGACCACCACAUCCUCAGCACUUCCUUUGAUGGUGAAAUGGAAGAUCUGCAACUGAAUGAUCAGUUUGUUGGUCUUUGGAACUUCAUGUCCAAUGGCACCAGCAACAAUUAUCAGCGAGGUGCUGUUCAAAGAGAUCGGUUUAUGGAUCUGUUGCCUGUGACAGGUCUGAGAUUCAAUGGUGAUGGAUAUGCUGCACUGGGUACUGGAUACAGAUUUGAGAGAUUGUUUGGUCUUCAGCUGAAAUUCAAGACUUAUGCAGAAGAUGGCAUCCUUUUCAUGAUCAUUGGAGCCCCUCGCCAAUAUAUCUCCGUAUUCAUGGAAGAAGGUCAUGUCAUCUUCCAAUUUAACCUUGGCACUGGAACUGCCAGCAUGCGUUCAGUAGAAACUUAUAAUGAUGGCGAGUUCCAUGUUCUGGAGGCAUCCCGAGAUAGGAAGCAAGGAUUGUUGAAGAUUGGCUCUGAAGCUGUGACUCAGGAAUCACCUGGUAGUGCAGAUACUUUCUCCAAUGUACCGGAUGCUAUGUACUUUGGUGGUUAUCCUGGUGAACAUGACUUCCAUGAUGUCACCAAUAAUGACUUCAGUGGUUGUAUUGAUGGUGUGUCACUUGACAAGCAAACUGUUGAUCUCUCCAAAAGCAUGGAGACUCUUGGUACUGCUCCAGGUUGUCCUACCCAGGUUGCAAGUCUAGUGUCCUGGAAUGAACAUGCUCCUGGGUAUGUCCAGUUUGAUAGCCCAGAAGAGAAUGGCCUUCAGCUUGUAUUCAAGUUCAAGACUAAUCAUGCUGAUGGUCUGAUUUUUUAUGCAGCCACACAAAACUUGAACAGUUACUUAUCUCUGUCUCUUGUUGAUGGUACCCUUAUCCUUCGAGAUGCACCAGGAGGAGAACUGAACACGGGAUCAUAUGAUAAAUACAAUGAUGGUGAGUGGCAUGUGGUUAUUGCCACACGUGAGCACAAUCAACUGCGCCUAGACAUUGAUGACUUUAAAACAUAUAGUGUGCAGGUACCACAAGAGGCAGAACGCUUUGAUGGGCCUGUAUUCUUUGGUGGUGUGUCUGAUGAAAAGCUGCCGCAAGCCACUGGCACCAAUUUCAUUGGAUGUAUUGGAGACACAACACUCAAUGGCAAGAUAGUGAACUUUGUUGAGAGUCAGAGUGUACUCAAUGCAGUGUUCCAGCAGUGUCCACUACACAAGAGCACCAUCCUACCAUCAGUUGAUGGUGGUGAUGAAUCAGACCCAGAAGUAGAGGACAGCUCUGAAGUACCCAUUGUUGCCACAGGGGAGACAGAAAUUGAUGAAACUCCUCCAUCUCCUGAGCCCACUCCUUAUAGACCCCCUGCUCCUCCUACCACUACCACUACCCCCACAACCACAAAAUCUACAACGACAACAGUUGUGACCGAGGCAAUUACUACAACUGAAGAGGCUGAGCCCAUGGACAGCUGUGCCUUGCCGUUGGUGCCAGAAGAGGAAGAAGUUCCCCUCACUGAGGGAUACAGAUUUGAUGAAGAUGACCGCAGCGGUUUUGGUUUUGGCAACAAACGCAGCAGUAGGAUUGAAUUCCAAGCUCUGCCAGACAGUGCAAGAGGAGACUUCAAGUUCUUCUUUGGUUUCAAAACAAUUUCCAAUAACAGCAUUAUUUUCUAUGCGUCAAAGAAGGAUCAUCUUGACUUCAUUGCAUUUUAUAUUAAGGAUGGCAAGUUGGUGUUCAGCUUCAAUCCUGGAGGAGGUGCAGCUACUAUGAGAACUAAGCAAUCCUUUAAUGAUGGUGUGUGGCACAAUGCCGUGAUGGAGCGGCGAGGAGAGGAAGGCAUUCUGCUUGUGGAUGGCUUCCAGCUUGCCAGAAGCAGCUCCAGAGGGGAGAGUACCUCCAUUGACUUGCAGGUUCCCUAUUACUAUGGUGGACUUAACCCAAAAGUGGUUCAGCAAGCACGUGCCAACACUGAGGGUACAGAGCUCUCCUUCAAUGGCUGUCUCAGAAACUUUCGCAUGAACAAUCAACGCAUUACUGGCCAACAUGAAGCCUUUUCAGUUAAUAGAUGCUCAAGCCAUGUGGAGCCAGGGGUAUUCUUUGCAGAAGGACCAAGAGCCCACAUCAUUCUAUUGAAACGGUUCAGUGUUGGUAGAGUGUUUGAAAUGACAAUGGAAAUCAAGCCUCGUGCCAUCAGUGGUGCCAUUAUGUCUGUCCAUGGGAGGCGAGACUUUGUGUUGCUGCAGCUCAAGAAUGGAAGCUUGGAGCUGAGUGUUGAUAAUGGCAAGGGCAUCAUCACCACCACAUAUACACCACUCUCCCCUUGGUCAUUCUGUGAUGGCCAAUGGCACUCUGUUCAAUUGAUCAAAAACAAGAAUAUUGCCAUCUUGGUUGUUGAUGGCGUCACCACCGAACCAGUGUCAGGCAAAAUUGGAGCCACGUCUACAGACACCAAGAAUCCACUGUUCUUAGGAUCACAGCCAUUCUUGACUCAGCGACGAGGUAAUGCUAUCCCUGAUAAGUAUGUGGGUUGUAUGAGGAAUAUCAGUGUGAACAAGGCACAAAUUGCCCUUGCCUAUGCUACUUAUGUUGGUAAUGUAAAUGCUGGCACUUGCCCCACCAUCUAAGUAUUAUAAAAAAAAAAGCAGUUUCCAUCUUUUGAGUAAAUUAUAAUAAUAGGAAAAUUAAAUGAAAAAGAAGUGUCUGGGUCUUGGAUUGUUUGAUUAAUUUUUUUAGGAAAUCACUAACAUUAUUUAAUGCCAGAAAAUGCACAACCAUUUCAUUAAAAUUAGUAAUUGAUAUGACUAUCAGACAUACUAUACAGUAAACCCUCGACAUAAUGGACGAUAUGAGGACAGGGUCUGUCAUUAUAUCCGAAGAUCCAUUAUAUCCGAUGGAAAUACCGAACAGAUCCAUUAUAUCCCAAAGUUUAUCCGGUAUUUAUACACACCGCCACCCCACUCCUGCAGCACGCCACGGAGUUCUUGCAACAACAUGUUAUGGGAUGGCACCCUUGCCAUAAUGAAUGAAAAUCUGUUAUGGCGAGGGUUUGGUCAGAUUUUUUGUCCAUUACAGUAUAUCCAAUAUCUGGUAUAUCGAGAUCCGUUAUAUUGAGGGUUUACUGUAUCUUUCUUGCCUGGAAACAAUGCUUAAUAUUAGUAAGAAGUUAGUGUUAUACAGUUUUCUCAGUGUGGUCACACAGAUGAUGCUGUAGUGCAAAAAUUACUUAUACUGAAAGUGGUAUGUUGUGUUCAAAAUUUUCAAGAAAAUCUCUCGAUAGAGAAGACCUUCUUUUUUCUGUGUGGACCAACUGCUUUUUAUCUAGAAUUGGCAGCAAGCAUGCAGUGGCAUUGCCUGGCCUGGGCAUGUGGAGCUUUAGCCCCGGAAUAUUCAGCUUCAGAAUAAAUAUAACAACUGUAUAUUCACGAGCCACUAAAGAGUAAAGUUGUAGUUGUAUGAUGUAAUUUAAUUUUGACACAUUUUGAAGUCAACACAAGGCUAAAGAAACCACAGAAAUAGCUUUUUUUUCCCAGGAAGGAUCUCUUAGACUUCCCUAUAAGGAUCUGGGCUCAGCCCCAAAAGUUUUCAGUCCCAAGAAAUGCCCCUGCAAGCAUGUUUUGGAAUUCCUAACAAAAAUGGAUGAAAAUUAUUAUUUGACAACUGUUAUGCUCUCUGAUCUGAAUACAGAUAAUCUGUAUCAGUGAAAUAUUGAGUUCUGAUAUGCUAAACUAUUUAAUGGUGCUGCUGCUCAGAAAAGGCAUGCAAAGGCUGUGUAAGUCUGAGUAUAACUGGAGGAGUAAAGCUGCAGCAACAAACAUCAUAAUCAUCUCUGCGAGAGCUAUACUCAAACUAUAAUCAAAUUUCACGUAUCUGCCUGGUAUGUUUUCAUUGUAACAAUGCUUCCAUCACAAGACUUUUUGCCAUGACAGGUCAACUCCACAAUCUUACUCAGUGACAACUUAGGCUGGUGCAUGGAUCUCAUUGGUCUUGACAGAUAUAGUCAAUCACAACACACCACACCAACACCAUAUUUUAUGUUCAUGAAAGCCUCUCCACUUUAUUUGUGAAAUUCAAAAUCUAGAAGACUUAUUCUAUUCCAAGACAUUGUUACCACUGCACCUAUUUUCACUCUCAUAAUAACUACUAGAUGCCAGGGAUAUGAUACAUGAAUAGAGACUUUAUCCAGUGACAUUUUUAGUUGUAAUGUUAGUAACAUAACAUCCCAAUCCACACCAGCAUGCAACCUAGACACAACCAGUGCAAGUUCUAGUACUGUGUAUGUAUUUUAUCAACACUUUUUGUAUUUAAUUUGCUUAUCUUUUAUUUGUAAUGAUUUAAAGCCGGUUUCCCUUUGAAUUAAUUUAAAGCACAAAACAGGAAACUUGUAAGAGACCUACAGGUUUAAGACUGAUAAAAGCAUUAAUGUUAAAUGCAAUUGUUAUUUUUCAUUUGUUUAAGUUCUGGUAUCCAUCACAUCUGAUGCUCUCCUGAUCAACUGUAACAAUUUUGGCAUUUUAUUGAUAUGUAUGUUUGGUAUAUUUAAAGUUUCUUGCAAUAAAAUUUGACAAAAUUC